GGUCACACCAAUUAGACGUAGGCACCCGACCCACGAAUAGGAUUCCUCACAAAAGAAGGGCACGAAAGCCGCGAUAUUAUUGCCAAUAGGACCGAAACCAGUGGAUCGAAGAACUUGCUCUGCUAGCAGGAGAUCUCUGAAGAUGCGCCUCCAGCGUGGGUGCCACCGCCGAGUCCAGUAAUCUUCUGUGAGAGAAUUUCUGACGGAGAAGAGCGGAUCGGAGCGGAGGAAAACGGAAAGCCAAGUGAAAAAAGAAUCGGGGCGGCGGCGUCGACGUCAACGAAUCAACGAUAUCAACCCGGAUAUUAGGUACUCCGGUGAACAGCACAUUUCAAGGAGCAUUCCCAAGGAGCGCACCAGAAGCCAAGAUGUGCAGCUUGGACGUAAGACGCUUCUUCGAGGAGUGGCGCAUCUGGAUACGUCCGCUGCUCAUUGUCACCUAUGUCAUCUUUGCCAUCAUCGUGGUGCCGCUGCUCAUUGUGAACUCCGUGAAGGAUGGCUUCCAGCGCAAUGACCAGCUCAUUCUCAUCGGCGGUCUGUUUGUGCUGUCCGCAGUGCCCGUGUCCAUUUGGCAUAUCAUCCAACACGUCAUUCAUUUUACCAAGCCCAUACUGCAGAAGCACAUAAUCCGCAUAUUGUGGAUGGUGCCUAUCUACGCCUUGAACGCGUGGAUCGGCCUUUUCUUUCCGAAGCACUCGAUCUACGUGGACUCACUGCGCGAGUGCUACGAGGCGUACGUUAUCUACAACUUCAUGGUGUACCUGCUCAACUACUUGAAUCUCGGCAUGGACCUGGAGGCCACAAUGGAGUACAAGCCGCAGGUGCCGCACUUCUUUCCGCUCUGCUGCAUGCGGCCGUGGGUGAUGGGUCGUGAAUUUAUCCACAACUGCAAGCACGGCAUCCUCCAGUACACGGUCGUGCGCCCCAUUACCACUUUUAUCUCUGUCAUCUGCGAGCUAUGCGGCGUCUAUGGCGAGGGCGAAUUUGCGGGCAACGUGGCCUUCCCCUACAUUGUGGUGGUCAACAAUAUAUCCCAGUUCGUGGCCAUGUACUGCCUGGUGCUAUUUUACCGUGCAAACAAGGAGGAUCUCAAACCAAUGAAGCCAAUUCCCAAAUUUCUGUGCAUCAAGGCUGUGGUGUUCUUCUCGUUUUUCCAAGGAGUGCUACUCAACGUACUGGUAUAUUAUAAUAUUAUUAAGGACAUCUUUGGAUCGGAUGUGGGAGACACCAACCUGGCUUCCCUGCUUCAGAAUUUCCUCAUCUGCAUCGAAAUGUUUAUCGCGGCCGUGGCUCACAUCUACAGCUUCCCGCACCACCCGUUCCACAUCAACUCGCCGCAGUACUGGAACAACCCGAACCAUAGCUGGUGUCGCGCCUUCCUCUCCAUGAUGGACAUAUCCGACAUGCAGGAGGAUGUCACCGAGCAUCUGGGCGUCGUGGGCAGUUCACUGAGUCGUCGCUUCCAGGGACGCACCACAUACCAGCCGCUGGCGCGCAGUCCUCGCCGGUCCAGCAGUGAGUCCGAGUAUCUGAUCAGCAAGCGGCAAGAUCAGCAGCUGCCGGGCAACUCGUCGCAAUCAGGUAACAUGUAUGGUGCAACGUCCAGUCGCCUGAUCGUGCCUGUGUAUGAUGGCAAGCUGAAUACACUGCCCGAAAGUCAAUCUACUCACUCCCAAUCUCGAUUUCCUUUAGCAGGCGUGGCCGACGAUGGGAACAGUAGCAAUAGCAACUACCAACAACAACAACUACACUUGCCGGGAGCGGCAGGCUCACAGCCGUCGACCCGCCAACGCGACACCCUGCAUCUUCGCGAGCGCGAAAGGGAUCCGCGUGCGGGUGCUGGCGGCGGUGGCAGUUUCCUGCGCCUGCCCCCUGGUGCCGCGUCGGCAGCGGCGCCAAUUCCCGAGUCCAACGAUGAUUAUGCCCUGCUGUUGGGUGCGGGCGCAGGCAGGUGACACCGCUACCAACAAUAUCACUACCAGCACCCGCACAUUGACGACGCUUUCGAGGACGAAGAUGGCGUGGACGUGAGCCAGCAGUUGAAUGCCUCGUCACUCAGCGCCUCGCUAUCCGUAUCGUUUGGCAUGUCAAGCAGCCUCAAGUUUAGUGCCACUGGCAGCAACCAGUCGGCGUCCGAGUGGUCGAACUCAACGGGCGGGGAUAAUGACGCUGACGACGGUGACUUGGACGUGGACGGAGAGGAUGGAGACGUUGAAGAUGACGGCGCUGGUGUACAACCCGUGGUCUUUAUUGCCUCCACGACGCGGCGACGCCGCGAUCGAGAGUACAUCACCUAGACGCGCUGACCUUAAAGCCCCUUAUCAGUUUUAUGCUAUGCUUAUAUUUAUUGUUUUUCCACCCCAUAUCUUGAUUUGUGCUAGGCAUAGAAUACUCAUGAAACGAACACUUUCUAGCGGCCCAUCAAAUGGGGCAUUUGAAUUGUGGCCUUAGUUUUCAUAGCGAAAGCAACUUAUUUUAGAUCGCCAUUCACUGUAAUCGCUUCUCCUGAUAGCGCGCACAAUUGAAUCCACACAACUCUUAGCAUCCCAAAGAAUCAUCAUUGAAUAGAGGGGUCCGAUAUUUUGUAAGUACUUUUUAUGUGCUGAUUGUGUAAACAGACCUUCCCGAAACGAUAUUUUUACUCUAUACAUCCCUGCUAGGUGACCCCGCAUAGUUAUGUAGGUCUCCAACUUUUGUGCGGCGAAGUAGUUAAUUAAAAACAUGCCUGAACCGAUUGUGAAUUUUGUGACUGCCGCCGGUCAGAAAAGGGCGUGACUUGUAUUUAAAUAGAAAUUCUUAUUGUAAAACUAAUAUACACACAUCAAUAAUAUAAUAUUGGAAAAUA